AUGGCAGUGCUCGAGAUUGGAGAUCUCGUCGCUGGACCCGAUGUUGUAGAUUUGGCCGAUCUCGCCUUUGUGAAGAAUGUUAUCAAAGGCAUCAAUGGCAUCUCGUGCGAUGAGACGAACUUCGGUAUGAUCUCUACCAUCAAAGCUGUCCUCUCUAAAAACUCCCUUAAACCUCAAGCACGCACAACUCUCCUUCGCAGCCUUUCACUUCACCAUCACCGGCCUCGUGCUCUUCAUCCUCUCGUGCCACAGAUUCUUCUUCACACCUGA